AUGCUCUUCUUCAGCUUUUUCAAGACCCUUAUUGACCACGAGGUCACUGUUGAGCUCAAGAACGAUAUUCAGCUCAAGGGCAUUCUCAAGAGUGUGGAUCAGUACCUCAACAUCAAGCUCGAUGACAUUCAGGUUGUGGAGGAGCUUAAGUACCCCCAUCUCAGCUCCGUCAAGAAUGUCUUUAUUAGAGGCUCGGUCGUGAGAUACGUUCACCUGCCUGGUGCGUCAGUUGACACGCAGCUACUCGAGGACGCCACCCGAAGAGAAGCGGCUGCUCAACAGGCCAAGGCGAAAUGA